AUGGGUAAGCCCCAGAGCGGUUAUAAGAAGGCAAGACGACAUAAAGCUAAGGUUUGUUAUCAAUUUUUACACAGGUUUAUUGGUGUUUAGGAUAACAAGGAUCAGCUAAGUCAAGACCUCCGCGAUUUACCUGCAGAACUUGAUUUCGACAGUUGUUUAAAAAUCUACGGGUUAUUGAACAAGAAAUGUGACGCGCACGGAACACCAAGUCCCAAGUAGGUAUACUUUUCAACGAGUUAUUGAAUCUAUGGCUGGUGUAAUUUAACAUCGAGUUUUAGAGUUAAGAACUGCCGGAGGAAUCCAUAUUGCAUUCACAGAGUUGGUAAUGAAAAGUGGGAAAAGUUUAAGCGCGGCACGGUCGAUCAGCAAGCACCACAAUUGACUCGGAGGGAUGUUGAGAAACAGCCCUGUGGCUUAUCAAAUUUUGGCAAUUUUUGUUAUGUGAACAGCUUUCUACAGGUAAGGUUCAUUGUUUUUAUGAAUUUUCUCGGCUUUUAGGUGCUUCUUCAAUGCGUUUCUUGAUUUUAAUUAAAGUUUAAGGCAAAAACUUAUAUUGAACUUGGUAUCAGACGAAGAAAAUGUUAAUGUUGACCGGUAUUGUUGCAGAUCUGGUUCAACGACCUUUCAUUUCGGCAGAUAAUUUAUCAGUGGAGGUCUGAUCCGGAUUGGAAGCCAUCAGAGGGCACAAAAUUGGACAUCCAAGCCGUCAUGAAUUGUCUACAAGAGCUCUUUCUAACCAUGCAAAUAACCCCAUAUGUCAGUUCAUUUUUUUCUUUUUAUUCUGGUUUUAGGAGUUUACUAACGCACUCGACUUUAUCAGCCUGCUGAAGUUGGACAACGAACAGCACGACGUCCAGGAAUUCACGAUCCUGUUCUUCGAUGCGUUGGAUCGACACCUUUUGACGCACCCAAGCGGAGAACCCUUCCGAAACGCCAUAAAAUCACGCUAUGAAGGCGUGAAUCGACAGAUUGUUCUCUGCAGUUGCGGCAACAGGAGCGUCAAGGAGGAUAUGUUCAUGUCUUUAACAUUGACAAUCGACGGAUGUAACACUCUCCAAAAAGCACUGGACGGCUACUUUACGCCCGAAGAACUCAGCGAUUUCAAAUGUUCGAAGUGUGGAAAAAGUGGAGGGACCACGAGGGCCAAUGAAACAGCGAAAUUACCGCCGGUUUUGUUGCUACAAUUGAAUCGGUACACCUAUGAUCAGUAAGUGGCAUGGGUAACAUAAUUUUUACAGGGUUUGAUAGGAAAUCUUGGUAUACAGGGCUUGUGGGCUCAAAGAGGGACAUUUUUGUGGAUGGGCUGUUAAAAAAUUCUUGGAAUUACAAAUUCCAUAAUUUUUUGUCAUGGAUAAUAUAAAAAUGUCUUGUUUUGUCUAAAUUUCCUUGAUUAUUUGUAUGGAUGAAGUUGAAAUAGAUGAAUUAUGAUGCCAUCUUUGAUUGUAAAUAAAAAUAAUUUUUAGAUAUGGCCGGAAUAAGAAGAUUGGAAGCGCUAUUCAAUAUCCCCGAGAAUUGUACAGCACGGAUCUGAGGUACUGCACCGAGGAUGAAGAGCAGCAGCCGAUAAAAUAUAACCUGAGUGCGGUCAUGAUUCACGAAGGCGCCUCCGCAAACUGCGGCCAUUACUAUGAUCUCAUCAAGGACCCAAAUACCGACAAAUGGUUUAUUUACAAUGAUAAAGUAAGAUUUUGAGGAGGAAACGGGAACUGGGACGAUUGGGGAAACUAAUAGAUAACAUAAUAAAUCGCCUGUGGAUGACAAAUCCCUCAGACUUUCUUUCCAAAAACAUCAAAUAUUCUCCAAGUCACCCCCAAAUCACCGUUUCAUCCGGAGUUGGGCGAUUGCGGAAACCGAAAAGUAUUAUUUUUUUCGGUGCAAGUGUUGAAAUUAGGAUAAUCGAGGGUGCUGAUUUCGAAAAUGACAUUCAUUUUUUUUGAUCUUUACUUUUUUCCUUGAGUAGUACUGUAAAGUAAUAAUUUUUUGAUUUUUUUUACAAAUACUCGAUUUGAGGGGUUUCGAUGGUGCUGAUUUCGAAAAUCUUAUUCAUUUUUUAUAUGCUGCUUUCAAAUCAGAAAACAAUGAAUAAGAUUUUCGAAAUCAGCACCAUCGAAACCUCCUAAAUCGAGUAUUUGUGAAAAAAAAUCAAAAAAUUACUACUUUACAGUACUACGUGAAGAAAAGUUAAGGAAAAAUGAAUGUCAUUUUCGAAAUCAGCACCCUCGAUUAUCCUAAUUUCGACACUUGCAACGAAGAAAAAUAAUACCUUUCGGUUUCCCCAAUCGUUCAACUCCGGAUGAAACGGUGAUUUGGGGGUGACUUGGAGAAUAUUUGAUGUUUUUGGAAAGAAAGUUUGAGGGAUUUUCCAUAUACAGGCGAUUUAUUAUGUUAUCCAUGAUUUAGGAGGUCUCCCAAACAAAAAUCCCCGGUUUCAACCCCGAAAAGAACGCCACAGCGAAGGGAACGUCGGAUAUGAAAGGCUGCUAUGGGCUGAUCUAUCGGAUAGAGGACGAAUCCAAACUGAACAUCGAAAAUUCACUUUCAAAUCAGGUACCCACAAACUCAAAAGAACUGGAAUUACCGGCUCCGGAGAUUGUCUCAAAGGUCGAAACUAAGGUAAGAGGAAAGAAUGAGAUUUUUUUUUUAAUUUUAGUAUUAAAAUUAAAUGAAAUGGACGCAAAAUUUUUUGAAUUAACCUUAUUUUAGCUGAACGACACCUUCCAAAGAGAAAGUCGAGAUGGCGACCGCUCCUACGAGCUCUGGCAAAAGUGCAUCGACGAAAAACAGGAGGCCCUGGAAAGACUCUGGGUCCUGAUGGAGGUAAGAACCGAGAAGAGGGAGAAAAUUUUUGAGUUUAGGUCGAAAAUGGAGAUGUGGCCAAGAAAAAACCCUCAUCAAUUGCGUUCGUCCCCACGGAACUCCUCUCCGAAAUCCAUGCCAAGGAGUUCAAGUGCAUAGAAACGAUGAAGGACCUCUCUCAGGCCAUGGGAGAUCAGUUCGCGAUUAAAAAUGGCGUUUUGAAACCGCCGUCUUCGAGUGAUCCCGAUAUUAUUGAUGAGGCCAUCAGAAUUGUGGAUGCAGAACAGUCCAGAGACCUCGAUGAGGACGAACUUUUUGAUGAAAGGCUUUUGGUGAGUUGUGGAAUGAAUUGGGACGGGUUUUGGAAAUUUGUUUUGGGUUUGAAAUCUUUCGUGGUGGGACCCAGAGCGAUGUAGGGUGAGGGUGAAUUUUGAAUGAAGAUUUGAGUUUUACGUGGAAUUGGAGGAGAAUUUUGAUAUAUAAGGGAUGCUAGAGGAUCAUUGAGCAUUUUUAUAGAUUUUUGGAGGUUUUUAUCGUUUUCGUGUCGAGACCAAAAGUUGAUUUUUGGAAGUGGAAUAGUUUGAUAAAAAAAUUGUUUCAGGAGGUCACGGAACAGCUGGUUGAAGAACGAAUGACCACCUACAAACGAGAACGAGCCCGAACAGCGAGCAAUCACUCCAUCUCCGACGACGAGGUCAUCAAGAUAUUGUACACCCCGGACAAACUCAACGAAGUCCCCAUGACGCUGUGCCCGCACGGCAAGGUUCAAGUCGACUCGAUACACGGCGGCAAAGUGAAGGCCGUCAACAAGGCGCCGCUCCUCGAACUCCUCGCCAUGUACAAUAUAAAAGUUGCGGCGAGCGAUGGCCGAACCGUCGGCCGGGAGGGAUGCGGCCUGUUGACGGGCGAAGAUCUCUGCAUGGAAUGCAUCAAAAUGCUGGAAAAGGAGUACAGCUGGAAGGAAUCGGUGGACUCGAGCCAGGAAAUGCUGACUGUCAUCCUGGCCAGAGCCAACACCGAAGCCCCGCCGGACGCUUGCUAUGUGUCCAAGAAACAACUCCAAAGCUAUAAGAAGUUGGUGGUCCAAGAAAUGAAUUAUCAGAAGUCCCUCACGCCCAAGGAAACGAUCACUUUAGUUUUUUCGACCGAAAAUUCGCCAAAAUUGGCGGAAAAUUCGAAAAUUUUGGAUGAACCCCUCAAAAAACGAAGAAAAGUUGGCUCGGAUGAGGAGGAUAUUGAUGGAAUUAAAAUGGAAAAGGGUGGGUUUGAGUUUUACCAAGAAUUUUUGGAGGUUCAAAGGAGAAAUUUUGAUUUUUGAAAUGGUUUUAGCAAGUAUUUCGAAUUCCCCGACCAGAAUUGACCCCAUGGAUGUGAAUGAACAGACGAGCAAUGAAGAACAGGUCGAGAAGGAGCGGGAGGAUCAAAUUCAAGAAGAAAAGAAGGAGAAUGGAGUGGAAAACGAAAAAGAAAUACAAAAAGAGGAAGAAAAUGGCGAAAAAGAAGUAAAAGAAGAAGAAAUGGAAGUCGAGGAAACCGAAGAAGCAAAGGAAAUGAUGAAAAAAGAAGUUGUAAAUAGCCGGAGGUUGGAAGUUCAAAAAGAAAAUGGAAAGAAAUUGGGAAAAACUUCAAAAAAUCAGAAGAAAUUGACGAAAAAGAUAGAGAAAGAGGAUGAAAAUGAGGAUAAAGAGCAAGAAGAGGUGGAUGGAAUAGAUGAAAAUGAGAUUAGAGAUUCGGAAACACCAGAAAAUGAUGAAAAUCGGCCGGAAAAUGACCAAAAUUCGGAGGAAAUUCGAAAUUCCCGCGAAAAUUCGGAGGAAAUUGAGAAAAAGGAGUCGGAAAGCGAUGAAAAUGACGAUGAAAAUAAUGAAGAGAACAAUGAUGAGAACAAUGAUGACAAUAAUGACGACAAUAACGACGAAUUUAGCCCACCGACGAAGCCCGAAGACCCCGACGAUCCGGACGUGGAAGUGAUAAAAGAAGUGAUCCGAGCCCCCGUAAAACAAGUCUACUUCAACCAGGAGCUGGUCUGCCCACACGACGAAUUCCACCCGAACCAUCGCAUGACCUGGAUGUACAAAUACGAAUGGGACACGUUGAUCGUAUCCCGUUUCGCGAAACACAGAUUCAUCCCGGUCCACUCGGUGGAAUGCCAGAAUUGCUCCACUCAGCAAGAGGUAGGUUGUGUAGGGGGUUUUUUUGCAUGAUGUGGAAUUUUUUAUUUUUUUGCACAGUGCGAAAUUUUUUAUUUUUUUUUACGGGGCGAAAUUUUUUGUUUCUUUUUUUGCACGGUGCGGAAUUUUUUAUUUUUUUUGCACGGUGCGAAAAAUUCUUUUUUUUUGCACGGUGCGAAUUUUUUUUUGGCACGGUGCGAAAUUUUUUAUUUAUUUUUUUGCACGGUGCGGAAUUUUUAAUUUUUUGCACGGUGCGAAAUUUUUUAAUUUUUUUGCACGGUGCGAAAUUUUUUAUUUUUUUUGCACGAUGCAAAUUUUUUUAUUUUUUUGCACGGUGCGAAAAAUUCUUCUUUUUUCCACGGUGCGGAAUUUUUCAUUUUCUGCACGGUGCGAAAAAUUCUUAUUUUUUUUGGCACGGUGCGGAAUUUUCAAAAAUGGAAAUUCGCGCACUGUGCAAGAGAAUUUUGAGGUUUUCGGUUAUAAUUUAGAAGAACGGGGGAUUUUUUUGAACGGCUGGUCGUGUACUGCAGAAAAGACAUUUUUUACUUGACCGCACCGUGCAAAUGUUUUUUGUUUUUGAAUGAAUCAAAAAAACGUAAAAUAAGGUUGUAAAUUUUGUUUUCAGGAAGCGGACCAACGUCGAACUCAAAUUCAGAAUCAACUAACCGCGAUUGGGAAUUCGUUGAGAAAAGUGUUCAGUAAUGCAGAGAAGCGGAGUUUUUACGAGACUUCGCCGGAAUACACAAAGGCACUGUGCUCCAAAUUCAUCCAUCGUUUUAGGCACGCUCUAAAGUAAGGAUUUUUCAUGGUUUUAAGCAAUGCCAAGGAGAUUCAAGUUUUCGUGGUGGGACUCAAAAAUUUUUUUGUUUUUAUUGAAAUUUGGGUUUUAUAAAAUUUCGAGGUGUGUCGUAAAACAGAAGUGGUUUUUUAUGCAGAUUUGAAGGAUAUAAACCCGAUCUUCAGAGCGAAACAUCCAGUUUUACCCCACAUUUGCCAAGAUUGCCUUCUCUGCAAAGAGCACCAGAAACCGUUUUUCCGUUCCACCGACAAUCAUGACCCCCACCUGCUGGACGAGGUCCUCAGCGAGCUCUCCGGCCAACCGACCCUUUUCUCCCUCGGCAUCGCCCUACCAUCCUCGUCGACGGAGCCCGCGCCGCAAGUAACCGGGCUCCCGGUCACCGAAAGCGAAUGGGAAUGCAUCACGGAGAACCUGCAGAAGCACGCCGACAUUGGAGAAGCAAGAGAGGUCUUCCUGGAACAAGGAGACUACAUUGAAUUCUGCGAGGACUGCAAUAACAAAGCCCUGGAGGCGAUUCGAACACAAAAGUGCACUUAUCCAAUGGGAGCCGACAUUUAUGUGAAGGUGGUGAGUGGAAACAGGUUUUAUUGGGUGGAAUUUUGAUUAGAAUGGGUGUAGCGGGGAUUCGGAAGAAUCAAAAAUGAUUUCCGGCGGUUUUCUGACAGUUCCCCUGAUCCUCAGGGACUUCGUGGUGGGACUCAAAAAAUUUUUAAGAUUGCCGUGUAUCAGUGAAAAAAUAUUUUUUAAAGGGUAGAAUAGACCUAGAACGGUGUAAGGAAGGGAUUUAGAAAGUAAUAAAAAAAAAUGUUUUCGUGGUGGGACCUUAUUUUAAAAUAUUUUUUUUCAGAAACAAGACGACGAAAGUAGCCCCGACAGAACGAACCGAAGAGGCGCAGUAACGAGAAGAGGAGCGAAUAAAAAUCUGGUCAGAGUGAAGGUAAGUCGAUUACCGGCAUUUUCAAUAUGAAAUUGAAGAUGCGCUCCGUGGACACGAUCAAGAAAUUGAAAGUGGAACUCUACAAACGCACCAGCCAAAGCCCGGCGGACCAACUCCUCUACUGGAACGACAACGUCCUGGCCAACGAGAUGACCCUGUUCGACGCCGGAAUCGAGGCCGGCAACAGCCAGAACCCGAUCAUCUUGUUCACCCAACAGAAAACGGAGAUUGCCGAAGCGCCCCGACCCCUCGAAAAAGGCUUCAAAGACACGGCGCUGUCCUCGGCCUAA